AUGGAAGGACACUGCACUGGGUAUCCCUCACCUGGAUGUAGUGUCAGCCACACACAUUUCACAAAAAUCACAACAUCACAAUACUCCCCAACAACUUCCCACAUCCAAUGUCUCUCAAGAUGCUCCUACGUGGCACCACCUCCGCCCCUCUCCCCACCUCCCUCCACCUCCGCACCGCCACCACCUCCCGCCACCACCACCCCCACUCCCUCUCCAUAACGGCCUCCUCCGCCUCCUCCUCCUCCUCCUCCUCGGCCACCUUCCCCGCCACCACCCUCUCCAUCUCCGACGCCGAGCUCGAGUCCUGGGGCUUCGCCCUCCACCGCGACCCUGCGUCCCUCGACCUGGACCGGCUCAACGCGGUGUUCGUGGCCGUCGGGUUCCCGCGGCGCGAUCCGGGGAAGAUCAGGGUGGCGCUGGAGCACACGGACGCCCUGGUGUGGGUGCAGCACCGGAGGACGGAGAAGCCGGUGGCCUUCGCGAGGGCGACCGGCGACGGCGUGUUCAACGCCAUUAUAUGGGACGUGGUGGUGGACCCGUCGUUCCAGGGGAUCGGGCUCGGGAAGGCCGUCAUGGAGAGGCUGGUUGGCGACCUGCUGGACCGAGGGAUCGGCAACAUCGCCCUGUACUCGGAGCCCCGAGUGCUCGGGUUCUACCGGCCGCUGGGCUUUGUGGCGGAUCCGGAUGGGAUCCGAGGGAUGGUGUACUCGCGGAAGCAGAAGAAGAAAAAGUAGUCUUCAGAAUCAAAGGGAACGUGAUUGAUACCAAACAUUAUUGAAAGUAAAACGGUCCGAGAAUGACUUUUCGUUUUUGUUUAUGUUACCGUUAAUUUAGUUUAGGACCGUUGUUUUUUUUCUUUCCCGUUUUUGAGAAACUGUAACUGACCGGGCUAAGGUAGUUACAUCCUUCCUUAUGCAAGAUGAAACAACGUAUUCCUUGACAUUGAUUUUAA